AUGGUCAGUACCGAAGUCAUCAUGGCGCGCGGAAUGGACUUCAAGGGCGUGAGGGAGGUCAUCAACUAUGAUUUCCUGCAGGGCGUGCAGAUCUGCGUGCACAGGAUCGGUCGCACGGGACAUGCUGGUGGAAAAGAGAAGACAGUGACGUAUUUCUCGGAUCAGGUCGCGCCAUUCUUGAAAACAAUCGCGAACGUCCUUCUCCAGUCAGGCUCUCCUGUUCCGGAAUGGAUCCUCAAGUUGCCAGAACCUUCCAAAAUUAAAUGGUCUGAGAUGGGUAAGGUCGGACGUGCAGAAGCUGUCACACGGGCGAGCUGGGUCGGUCGACAGGACGCUAUCAGGAGGAUAUGA